AUGCUACAAGAAACUGAGAACGUUAUUAUUCAAAUUGAUAACGAUGUUAAGGAUGCUUACAUAACAGAAAAAUGGUGGCAAUCUUCAGACAACCAGAAAAAAGAUACAUCAUUAUACAAAAGAAUUGAAAAUGGUGACAUCGGAUUUUUUUCUCGUAUUUUUUACAGGAUAACAUUUACGCUGACUACUCCAAUACGAAAAAGAUUGAUAGAUCAAGAAAAUAAUGAAUAUAAAUCAUUCAAACUUGAAAUGCUUUAUAAGUUAAUUAAUAUCGGUCACGAUGUCUAUUUCCAAAGAGUUAUCAUGGAUGCUAUUUAUUCAAAUAAUGUUGAUAGUUUAAGGAAUAUUGAAAGUGAUGCCAUUGAUAAUUUGUAUGGUGUUCAUAAAGCAAGUGCCAUCAAGGAAGCUCUUACGAGUGAGGUGAAUUUAAAUAUGAUCGUAAAAAUAUUUGAAGAGACUCCUGGUAAUGAAAUAAGGACUGAACGUUUUGAUGAAUUAAGGGAUCAAGAUCCAACAUUAAAUUGGUAUAGUCCAGAUCUAGAAUCCUCUCAUAAUAUCAUGACACGUAUAGAUCGUUUUGUAGAAAGCGUAAAUAAAUUGAUAAGAUGGAGUUUUGUUUCUGAUCCUGGAAAUGUUAAAACUGAUCUAAUUCAAUUUAUCGGGGAAUUCAGACAACUGGAUGUAAUUGAAGAAAAAGUCAAAGAAAAGAAUACCAAAUGCGCAAAUAUUGUUAACUAUGAUCAAAGUAUUUCUAUAAUUAAUACUGUGUCUGGAACUCCAUUUACUGGUAGAAAAACAGCGGCUCCUACUUGGUAUGAUCUAACGAAAUCUGUAGUUAAAACUCCACGAUUUGAGAAUAAAAAAAGUGAACAAUAUAAAGGUGCAUCAUAUGUACAGGGUGGUCCUUUAAUGAAUACGUUUAUUGCUUCAAAUAUACCUUCACAUGAUAAAUGUGGCCAAUUUUAUAAAAUGGUUCUUUCUGAAAAAUCACAAUAUAUAGUAUUGUUGUCUCGAAUUGAAAGUGUGUCAGAAGGAGAAAUUAAUGAAUCACCCUAUCAACAUUGUUACUGGCCAAGGUUACAGGGUACUGAAAAGUAUUAUGGAGAUAUAAUAGUUAAGAAUAUUAACGUCGACUGUUUAGCAGAUCCUGUUUUUAAUAUAACAACACUUGAAAUUAAACAAGUAUCAUCUCCAGAUGAACCACAUAUAGUUGAACUUUGGCAUUAUGAUUGGAGUGAUUUUCUCGAUAUUAAUUGGCCAACUCGUAUACUUCGUCGUGCUCGACUUUCGCCCUCUCCAACUAUUGUUCAAUGUGCGGAUGGUAUAGGGCGUUCAGGAUCGUUAAUUUUAAUAGAAUGUGCUUUAAUGCAACUUCUACGUGGACCUUCAAUGUCUAAUCCAGUCUUCACUGCUGCAACAUUCCUUCGCCUUCAAAGAAAGCGUGCAGUCAAACAUUACAUGCACUACCUUUAUGUUUAUAGAGUGUUAAUAAAUUUUAUUGAACCUUACAUUAGUAGUGGAAAACAUCGUGUUGUUCUUGGACUAACAAAAAUGAAUAUAGGUUAUGUCAAGAAAUUCAAUAAACUCGCCUUGUACUUUAGUAAAAGAAAUUUUGUUUAA